AUGAAUAAUAGUAUGAGCAGAACUCUUUCUCGGUCAAGAAAAGCUUUAUCAAAUGCUUUAUUAGUUUAUCAUAUUCUUCUUGAAGGAGCUACAAUCCAGUUUUUUAGAUCAAAAAUAUCUCACUAUGCCUUAAAAGUUCUUAGAGGAGAGUCAGUUAUAAUAGAGUCAAAAAAAUAUCAGCUCGAUGACUUUAUUGAAAUAUCACAAAAAUUCUGUAGUGUAUUAAAGCCUUUAAUUGAUGGUUAUAAAAAAAAUAAUCAAAAACAUAUUAUUAUUGAUAAAGAAUCAAUUAAUUUAUUUCCUAAAGACAAUAACUCAAAUAAUUCAAUGUCUUUUGUUACUAAAUUGUCAAAGACAGAUUGUAGAAAUAGAGAAUCUGCAUUUUCUAACUUUAUGGCAUAUAUGUUAAUUAGUAAAGGAUACAAACUACAUUUAAAUACAAAUAAUAUGAAAGAGACAUCUAAAGUUAUGCAUUUCUUUGUGUGGAAUGCAAUUACCUCUCCUCAAAAUGAAUAUUUUGAAAUUUCAGAAAAAUCUUCUUUAAUUAAUUUAAUCAAUUUAGUAGAAAAACGAUUAACUAUGAGGAGUAAUACAAUUGUUAAUAAGUCCAUAUUGGAUGAGAUUGAAGAAAUGUAUUCUUCAAAAAUGCUUAGUGUAUUUAUUCCUGUGACAGAUGCAAAUAGAUAUAAGGUUACUCAACAAACUUAUUUUACAGAAAACCCUUUUUGUAAAUAA